AUGGGCGGCCUCAUCGGGUUCAUGUACCGGCAGUUAAGCUUCACUCCGAAGCCGCUAUCCCCAGAAAUUAACCUCCACGGCAAGACUGCUAUCGUGACCGGGGGCAAUGUUGGAUUGGGACUCGAAUCCGCCAAGCAGCUGGCCUCGCGCGGACUGUCGCGGGUGAUCCUUGCCGUGCGCACGCCAUCAAAAGGUGAGGCUGCACGGCAGGAGAUUCUCCGUGAGAGUCCAUCAUGUGAUGUGCAGGUGUGGCAGCUGGACCAAGAAUCAUUUGACAGUAUGAGAGAGUUUGGAGAACGAGCGAAGUCCCUUGACCGUCUGGAUAUUGUCAUUCUCUGCGCUGGAGUGAAAUUGCUCGAAUUUACCAAGUCUGACAGCGGUCAUGAGAUGAACGUUCAGGUGAAUCACUUGGGAACGGCACUUCUGUCCCUCCUGCUUCUCGAGCCUCUCCAGCGAACAGCCAAGACAACGGGUACUCCAUCUAGAUUGACUAUUGUCACAUCAGAGGUUCACUUCUGGACGGAAUUCAAGGAGAGGACUGCCCCGAAUACACUGGCCCGCAUGGACGAACCCGACUCAUUUGGUCAAGGGAUGGACCGCUACAACACCAGCAAGCUUCUGAAUGUCCUCUGGCUGCGGGAACUGAGUUCCAAAGCUGGUCCGGAUGUGAUCAUCAAUGGAGUGAACCCGGGUCUUUGUGCGAGCUCAUUGCACCGUUCUGAUACGACUCCCGGCAUCAACAUCUUCAACAAUGUGUUCGCCUGGACUCCUGCUCAAGGUGAGCACUGCUUGGUUGAUGCGGCUGUAAGACACCCUGAUGACCAGGGAGUGUACCUGAGUGAGCAGAUGGUUAAGCAACCGUCACCGUUUGUCCUGUCUGUUGAGGGCGAUCAGGCUCAAACCAAGAUAUGGAACGAAACCCUAAGUAUUCUGCAAGAGGGCCUGCCGGGGGUAAACUUGCUACACACGUUGAGAGGAUAA